AUGGCCACCAAGCACACAAGAGAGGAAUUACUUUAUUUGGCACGUUUAGCAGAAUAAUGCGAGCGCUAUGAUGAGAUGGUAGAAUACGCUUCAGACUUCGCAAAAGCAGGUAGUGAGGAGUUGUCACUUGAGGAGCGUAACAUCCUAUCAGUUGCUUUCAAAAACGUGGUUGGAACCCGUAGAGCAGCCUGGCGAGUUCUUUCAUCUAUUGAAAAGAAGGAGAACAAUAAGGGAAAUGCAAGCAAUGUGGAAAAGGUCAAGCACUACAAGACCCUUAUUGAGGAUGAACUCACCAGAGUUUGCCAGGACAUUCUAGCUCUGCUCGAACAACACUUAAUUCCCAAGUGCCGUCAAGAGGAGGCUUAGGUUUUCUUCCAAAAAAUGAAGGGUGAUUACUAUAGAUACAUCGCUGAGUAUGCAGUUGCUGAAAAGAGAAAUGCCGCCGCUCAGAAGGCACUUACCUCUUAUUAAGAAGCUCAUGAAAUCGCCUAAAAGAGCUUGUCCACCACUCACCCAGUUAAACUCGGACUUGCCCUCAAUUUCUCAGUAUUCUACUAUGAAAUUAUGCAAAACCCAGAGAAGGCAUGCAAAAUGGCUAGAGAUGCUUUCGAUGAGGCUAUUGCAGAUCUUGACAAUGUUUAGGAUGAAUAUUACAAGGAUGCCACCCUUAUCAUGCAACUGCUCAGAGAUAACCUCACUCUCUGGACCAGUGAACUCCCAGAGGAGACUGCAUAAUGA